GCUGUGCGAUGCACCUCAACAUUAGCGACAUUUGGAAUUACUUACUUUAUCAUUAAAAAAAAUAAUACAAAAUUACGUUGCGAAAUAUUGUUAAGGAUGAGCUAUCGUGGUAUUCCAGCUGGAUAUGAAGACGACCCGGACUUUAGUUGUAUCUCCGAUAUGGUGCAGAAAAUAACCGUCGUACCAGAUAUAACUAUUGCUGCUGGGCUGAAUAACGAAAACUUCGAUCGCACCCUCAGCGCCGACGUCGACAACUGGUUUCAGAACUACAAAGAGCAAUGGAAUUCAUACAAACGCACCCCUUCUGCUCAACACAAUCUCAAAGUGAUGCUCCACAGAGAUCCAGAUCCUCUCUUGCUUGCCUUAAAGUUGUUUGCAAAUUGUCCAGGAUGUAAUAAUUUAAAAAACAAAAACUUGGCGUUAUUUAUACUGGAAACCAUUUGUGACCUCCAUACACAAUAUCCAGAGAUAUCAGCUAAAUGUUCUGACAACACGCGCAUUGUUGCUUUCAACUUUGUGAAGACUUGCGGUAUAGUAUCGCUAUAUAAAUCUGUGAUGAUCACGUAUCAACUGAAUAAAAUAUGUGAAAUGUUGGUGCCUAAAAUAAAGGAAUUAAUAAGACAAGGACACUUCAAAGAUGCUGCGUAUUGGACGAUAAACUUGCAAAUUACUCACCUUUUUGGCAUUUUCGAUAUUAUAUUCCCAUUAAUAUUACAAGAUAAAGUGCCACUGGCAGAGAUGUAUCUUAAUGCUGCUAAGGAUUUAGCGUUGCCCACUGUACAAUUCCUUGACUCCUUACUGGAUAAACAAAAGACUGUAUUUGAACAUUGUGAUGAAAUAUUAACAAAAUAUGAGUACAAAGACGUCAAACAUACUGUUUUAACGUAUCGCCCAAUGUCCAAGCUAGUCACACGCUUGGCGAAGACAUACAAAAUUGACAGCCAUUUUACACCCAAUCUCAAUUUCACAAAGGCUUGCUCUUAUAUGCAUUUCUUAUGGCACAAAUAUCGCGAUGGCGGCAUGAGUUGUGAUGCAUAUCGUGAACUGGCACGUGAUGCCGCCAGUACCAAGCCAUUACAAAUGGACUUGAUAACCAAUGUAGCCUCAUAUGGCGAUUUUGACGAAGUGAAAUAUUGGAUAAAUUAUUUUAACAUACCACUGGAGGAAAUAGCAGACGAUAUACGCGAGGAUUUGAAACGGCACCAACCUUCAGAAAACAGCGAUGAAAUUGAGAUGCUAAAUAUCAGCAGCAGCAGUGAAACUACAAGUGCCGUAAAUAACGGAGGCGCCACUAACAAAUCAAAACGUGCAAAUGCAACUAUACCUAAUAAUUAUUUAACGUUAGCACUACCCAUUGACUGUGUUAUAUUAAUCGAUGAUCGUGCGAAAUUUCAUGAAAUGUUAGAAUACUUACAAGGACAAUUACUUAUCGCAUUCGAUUCCGAGUGGAAGCCAUCGGUUUGUAAUGAAAACGUUAUAUCGCUGUUACAGAUAGCUACCCCGUAUCGCGUUUACUUAUUGGAUUGUCUAUCUUCACAACUUAGCGAUGAGUUAUGGCAACAGCUCGGUCAACGAGUGUUCAACAAUUUAGAGAUUUUGAAAGUUGGGUUUUCCUUACAUCAAGAUUUGCGUAUGUUACACAAAUCAUUGCCGCUACAAUUAAAUUUGAAUGCGAAAACCUGCUACUUGGACUUGCGUGAAUUAUGGAGGCGACUUAAGUAUCUACAAAUUGUCAAAUUUCCAUUCGGUUGUGGCUCAAACUCCGGUGGCAGUUUGUGUGCAUUAACUGAAUUGUGUUUGGGUAAAAAAUUGGACAAAUCAAAUCAGUGUUCCAAUUGGGCCAAUCGACCGCUGCGUCACGACCAAAUUGUUUAUGCGGCGUUGGAUGCGCAUUGUUUGCUGCAAGUGUACCAAGUAAUUGUGGAGAUUCUUUUAGGCAUAGGCCUGGAUUUGGACGAGGUAGUAAACGAGGUGACAACUGGUAAAACUGGUUACUUAUUCCGCAUGAAACGUGCUUUCACGGAACACAACAAUGAAAGCAGCACAUCUGUGCCCGCCAAAGGCAAUAUAGCUAAAGUUCCUGUUGUCAGCGCUAACCUUGCUGGCACAAUUAGCACAAAAUUCAUCUGCGAUAGAAUGUUAUAUGGCCUCUCCAAGGAGCUACGCAAAUUAGGCAUUGACUGUAUGGAAAUAAUCAAAGAUAAUUUGAGCCACUAUGUGAAUAUAGCCAAAAGAGAGAAUCGUUAUGUACUCACAAGGGACACGCGUUAUGACUUAUUCCUCAAAAUAUUGCCACAAACACAAUGUCUGCUAAUACCGAAUGAUACCAGCGUAGAGCAAGUGUUGAAUAUAAUACGACUAUUGGAUAUAAAAAUCUACGAGAACAAUCUAUUUACACGCUGCUUACAUUGCAAUAGUAAUGAAUUUAUUUUGGCACUGAGGCAUGAAUUGCAGGUUAUGUGCUAUGGACAGGCUUUGGAUGACGUCAAGGAGUUGAGUGCCGGCAAUGUAUCGCCAUAUGAACGCACAUUUAACUUAUUAAAUGUGAACCAAGAUGUUUUGAAAUCAAAAACCACCUAUCGUGGCAAGCCGAUCAAGCUGAACCGCAUUAACUCUCAUAUAUUGCGUUCUAAAGAACACUUUUAUAUAUGUGAUAAUUGCGGUAUUUGCACUUGGGAUGGUGCGCAUUCACUACAUGACAGUGUAAUGGAUUUAAUUCUUUACAAAAACUGCGAAACUGAUACUGCUGCUGGAUUUUAAGCGUGGAAAUCUUGUGACUGACAUUUUUUGCAUUGAGUGGUAUUAAGUUAACACUAUAAACAUUAUUAUUACUGCUUUUUUUUUUUUAAUUAUUUUUUAGUUACCGAAUAUAUCGAGCUUUAACCGUCAAAAUAGCGGACACAAAAUAUUAUUUCACUGUACCAUGCAUUUACAUUUUGGUAACGACGAACGUAGCCAUUGUGAAAUUGUGAGGUUAUGUUUGUAAAUAAGUUUGCAUAUUAAAAAAGGUGUUAUAGGUUUAGAAGCAAGUUUAGAAAUUGUGCGGUUAGGUUUGUAAACAAAAUUUCCUAAUAAAAGUAUCGG